GCCGCGACCCGGAAGUGGCUCCGCCCAGGCCGUGCCCCGGAAGCGCAGCGGCAGCGGCGGGAGCGGCAGAGCGGCAGCCAUGAGCCUGCUGAACAAGCCCAAGAGCGAGAUGACGCCCGAGGAGCUGCAGAAGCGCGAGGAGGAGGAGUUCAACACGGGCCCGCUGUCGGUGCUGACGCAGAGCGUCAAGAACAACACGCAGGUGCUCAUCAACUGCCGCAACAACAAGAAGCUGCUGGGCCGCGUCAAGGCCUUCGACAGGCACUGUAACAUGGUGCUGGAGAACGUCAAGGAGAUGUGGACGGAGGUGCCCAAGAGCGGCAAAGGCAAGAAGAAAUCCAAGCCGGUCAACAAGGACCGCUACAUCUCCAAGAUGUUCCUGCGCGGAGACUCCGUCAUCGUUGUGCUGCGCAACCCCCUCAUCGCGGGCAAAUAGGGAAUCCAUGGAACCUUCUGGAAGCUUCUGGAAUCAUCCCAGAUCCCCCUGGAACCUUCCAGAACCUUCCCCAGAGCAGCUCCGUCAUCGUGGUGCUGCGCAACCCCCUCAUCGCGGGCAAAUAGGGAAUCCAUGGAACCUUCCGGAACCUUCCAGAACCAUCCCAGAGCCCCCUGGAACCUUCCAGAACCUUCCCCAGAGCGGCUCCGUCAUCGUCGUGCUGCGCAACCCCCUCAUCGCCGGGAAGUAGGGGAUGGGCAUCCCUGGAACCUUCCGGAACCUUCCCAGAGCCUCAUGGAACCUUCCAGAACCCUCCCAGAUCCUCCAGAGCAGCUCCGUCAUCGUGGUGCUGCGCAACCCCCUCAUCGCCGGGAAGUAGGGGAUUCCUGAUGGGAACAUCCCCUGGAACCUUCCAGAACCUUCCAGAGCCCCCAGAACCUUCCAGAACCUUCCCCAGAGCAGCUCCGUCAUCGUCGUGCUGCACAACCCCCUCAUCGCGGGCAAAUAGGGAAUCCAUGGAACCUUCUGGAACCUUCUGGAAUCAUCCCAGAUCCCCCUGGAACCUUCCGGAACCUUCCCCAGAGCAGCUCCGUCAUCGUCGUGCUGCACAACCCCCUCAUCGCGGGCAAAUAGGGAAUCCAUGGAACCUUCUGGAACCUUCUGGAAUCAUCCCAGAUCCCCCUGGAACCUUCCGGAACCUUCCCCAGAGCGGCUCCGUCAUCGUCGUGCUGCGCAACCCCCUCAUCGCGGGCAAAUAGGGAAUCCAUGGAACCUUCCGGAACCUUCCCAGAUUCCCCUGGAACCUUCCAGAACCUUCCGGAACCAUCCCAGGGCAGCCCCCUCAUCACCGGCAAGUAGAGAAUUCGUGAUGGGAACAUCCUCUGGAUCCUUCCGGAACCAUCCCAGAAUCCCCAUGGAACCUUCCAGAACCUUCCCAGAUUCCCCAUGGAACCUUCCGGAACCUUCCAGAACCAUCCCAGAAUCCCCAUGGAACCUUCCAGAACCUUCCCAGAUCCCCAUGGAACCUUCCGGAACCUUCCAGAACCAUCCCAGAAUCCCCAUGGAACCUUCCAGAACCUUCCCAGAUCCCCAUGGAACCUUCCAGAACCUU